GUGUUAAUUUAGAGGUUAUGUUACUGUUAUAUAACAAUAUUACUAUAUUUAUUUACAUUUUUAUCACCACUGAUAAGAAAUACUCCGGAAUUGACACCAUACUCCAAUUAUUCAACCUUAUCAGCUAUUUUCGUAAAUCUAUUCCAACAUUUUCAGCGGUUUUCGAAUUGAAGUGACGUUACUACUUGUGAAACAAUCAUUUUUCCAGUCCUCAAAAAUAUUCAACAUUUUUAUGAUUUAGAUCAGUUUUGAUAGUUAAUAUCGUACAAUAUUUCAUCAAAUAUAUAUUACAAUAACUCACUACAAGUCUCGUAAUAAUUUAUUGGUUUACGACCUUGAAAUAGUCGCAAUUUAUUGUUGAAAAGUGGUUAUCCUUGUGCAUACAAUACAAUCUAUCAUUACCGGGUGUAUUGAGCAGUUCAAAACUUUACAGCUUUCAGACUCAGUUCUAAUACCGUACUUUUAUUUGUAGCUUGAAUAAAGUUGUAGCGUCAAUACUCUGUGAUAAUAUCCCGUGAAGUCAUUGAAUAUUUCUCUGUUUAAUUUCAAGUUGUUUUGUAAAAUACAAGUAUACAUAAAAUGGCUCUGGAAGAUUAUAAAGAUCUAGUCGCUACGGUUGCUAGUGUUACAACGAUUGCUCAAUUUUUUUCACCAAUAUUCAUAUGCAAGGAGAUAAUACAGAAAGGCAACACCAAGGAUAUUGACGCCAUGCCUUUCAUAGGCGGUAUGGUCAUGUCUCUACUAAUGUUACAACACGGGAUGAUACUCAAUGACCCCGCAAUGAUACCCGUUAAUGUUGCCGGUUUCACCCUGAAUUUCACUUAUUUCGCCAUCUACUACCUCUACUCACACGAGAGGGCCGUACACAGAGCUGUAACUGUCUCCCGGCUACACAGGCCAAAGAAGUUAUUUACACUUUAA